AUGUCAACUGGGAAAGUCGAUAAUGUGAUGGAGAUAAACGCCCCCGCGCAUGUUCCUGAAUGCAUCGAAGCACUACAUGGGGACGGAUUCCAAGAACAUGGAGACAGUCAUCCAUCCUCAGUCCCAAUGGACGAGGAAGAAGAAUUCAUAUGGGUCCAAUGGCAGGGUCCGGAUGACCCCGAAAAUCCCCAGAAUUUCAAGUUCGCGCGCAAAUGCCUCAUCACCUGGAGUCUAUCUAUGAUGACUUUAUGUGUGACGUUUGCCAGUAGUGUGUUCAGUGAAGCGACCAGCGUUACCGCAGAAGAGUUCCAUGUGGGAACUGAAGUGAUGGCUUUGGGGACCAGCCUACCCAUCUUCGUAAGCCCGCCUGAUAUCUCGCAGGUCGUCAGAUGCUCUGCAGAUGCUUACCGCCAACAGGGAUUUGCUAUCAGUACACUUGUAUGGGGGCCUUCCUCAGAGCUUUUCGGACGCACGCGCCCAUUAUUUGUGGGCUACGCUGCCUUCAUCCUCGCCCAGCUUCUGGUCGCGCUGGGCCGAAGCAUCGCGACAAUCCUCAUUGGCCGAUUUUUCGUUGGGUUCUUCGGCUGCGCUCCCCUCUCCAUCGUUGGCGGUGCGAUGGUCGACAUCUGGGACCCUGUAGCCAGAGGGGUCACCAUUGCGCUUUUCUCCAUCGCGAGCUUCGCCGGUCCAACCUUUGGCCCGGUACUAGGGGGAUUCAUUGUCGAUUCCUAUCUUGGAUGGCGUUGGACGGCCUGGAUCACCAUGAUCGGCGCCGGAACCUUCGGGGUCGCCUCCUUCUUGAUAGUACCUGAAACAUACAGUCCUGUUCUCUUGCAGCGUCGCGCGGCCGGUCUACGCCGUGAUACAGGGAAUCCGCUCUUCCUCGCCUCGCUAGACGCGCAUCGGCCGUCGUGGCGGGGAAUGAUCACCAAAUAUGUCUUCCGCCCUAUCAAGAUGCUCCUGCUGGAGCCAAUUCUGGUCUGUUUAACAAUCUACAUUUCCCUCGUCUAUGGCAUUCUCUACCUUUUCUUUGAGUCAUACCCAGUAGCCUUUACCGAGGUCCGCGAGUGGAGAGAACUCGGCGUCGCUGCGCUCCCGUUCCUGGGGAUAGCAGUUGGCAUCUUGUGCGGGGGCUGCCUGAUCAUCAUGUUCACCAAAACCCGCUUCGCUCGACAGCUGCAAAGGCACGGAUACGUCAUCCCAGAGGAACGCUUACCGCCGAUGAUGAUUGCGGCGGUUCUUCUGCCUGCCGGCCUGUUUUGGUUUGGCUGGACCUCUGAUCCAGCUGUCCCUUGGGGCAUACAAGUGAUAGCCGGGAUUCCCAUCGGUUGUGGUAUUCUAGUGAUCUUCAUGCAGGGACUCAACUACCUUGUGGACGUCUAUUUGCCGUACGCAAACUCCGCCAUGGCAGCAAACACGCUGGUUCGAUGCAGCUUGGGGGGCGCCUUUCCCCUUUUUGCCACCCAGAUGUACCACAAGUUGGGUGUUGCCUGGGCCAGUAGUCUGCUGGGGUUCUUGACCAUCGCAAUGAUCCCGAUCCCGAUCCUUCUAUUUGUUUAUGGGAAAAGAGUUCGCUCUCUUAGCCGAUUCUCCAUGGGAGACGACUAG